GUGUGUUCUCUUAAGUUCUCAUGCAUUUGGGUCUGCCACCAGAAGCGCCAUGAUCAGCUUCGAAACAACAUUUCCACCGGCAACGACUUCCAGGUAGUCUUGCACCAGCUGGAGGGGAGGGUUACUGAGCUCUACAAAGCUCUUCUCCUAUACCAGAUGAAGAGCGUUUGUUCCUACUAUCGCAACCAAGGUCUUGUCUUCCUUCGCGGUAUACUGAGUUUAGAUGACUGGGAUGGCGAUCUAAAGCUCGUCACCGACGCGGAGGCCGCCGUUCAGAACGACGCUACCCAGUAUUUCCAAGAACAUACAAAGUCUUCUUUAGGGGAGCUCGUCAAGCAUGCUCAGGGAAUGGAGAAGCGACUUGGCGACAUCCAUCAGGACAUUCGGGACUUCAUUUCGCUACAGAAAGACGCCCGUAAGGAGGAUAUCGAGUCGGCGUGCCUAAGAGAUCUACACGUCGUUGACCCACAAGACGACAUGCAGCGGAUUGAGAAGAGCAAGGACGAGCUGCUCGACGACGCGUACAAGUGGAUCCUUCGCACCUCGGAGUACGCGGCUUUCACAAACUGGGACGACAGCGGAUUUGAUUGUCCGCCAAGUCGGCUGCUCUGGAUAAAAGGACACGCCGGCAUGGGAAAGACGAUGCUCAUGAUUGGCCUCAUCCGCCAACUCGCUCAUCAACCGGUCGCUCUGGCGCCAGCGGUUUCCUUCUUCUUCUGCCAAGGCACAGAUACAGCUCUGAACAACGCCACGGCCGUCCUCCGGCCUUUGAUCUGGCUUCUCCUUCUUCAGCAGCCACAUCUCAUAUCGCAUCUGCUUCAGAAGUACAAAAAUUCAGGCGCCGAUCUCUUCAAGGACAAAAAUUCCUUCAUCGCUCUAUCCGAGGCGUUCCGGAAUAUGUUGAAGGAUCCUCGGUUGUCGCCUGUGUACCUCACGGUCGAUGCACUGGAUGAGUGCGCACAGGGGCGGCCAGACCUCAUUCAUCUCAUUUUGACUUCCCUCAACCUUUCCCAGAAGGUGAGAUGGCUGCUCUCUAGCAGUCCGGAAGUUGAUGUUCUCGCGGAGCUUAAGGGUCUCGGCAUCGAUUCGUCGAACAUUUCAGAGACCUUUGUCGAGCUGGAUGCGCAACGUCCGGCAACACCUGUCAACGCAUACAUCGACCAUAAGCUUACAAUCCUCAAGUGCAAGAAAGGAUACAGUGACAGAAUUUUGGCUGAGGUGUCGCACGAAGUCCGCAAACGAGCAGAGAACACCUUUCUGUGGGUGGCCCUCGCGUUCAAAGUACUCGAGACAGUACAUCGAGGGUACGCUGUCAAGCGCAUUAAAGAGAUGCCUCCUGGCUUAUCGGAGUUGUACGAUCAUAUGAUGACUAGGAUUGAAACGGGGCGAGUGAUCGAACCCCAGGACUGCAAGACAGUCUUGGUGAUUGCGUCUCUUGCCUUCCGGCCGCUCUCUAUUUCAGAGCUUUCCGUACUUGCCGACUUGCAAUUGGACGUUGCAAAGACGGCUAUCGAGAUGUGCGGCUCAUUUCUUACAAUUACCAAGGGAACAGUCAACUUGAUCCACCAGUCGGCGAAGGAUUACCUGGAGAAGAAUUACGAGUCUCGACUUCGGCAAGCUGGGCCCACCCAAGGGCAUAGCGAGAUUGCUAGACGCUCGACUGAUGCGAUGUUCUUAAUACUAAGACGCAACAUGUACAAUCUUGACCUAGGCUUCAAACCGGAGAAUAUGACGCCCCCUGAUCCAGAUCCACUGGCUCCAAUACGAUACUCUUGUGUCUUCUGGGUCGACCAUCUCUGCUCCAUGAACAGCGACAACUCCAGGCUCCUGGGAGAACUGUCCUUGGUUUCUAGUACGAACACAAACCGGAAUGAUCUUUUACAGGACAACGGGGUUGUCUAUGCAUUCCUCAAGACGAAGUACCUUUACUGGCUCGAAGCUUUAAGUCUACUCCAAGCUGUGUCUGAGGGCGUCAACGCCAUUAGACAGCUCGAGAGCCUACUACUAAGAGGGAUAAUUGAGCAAGCUCCGCUUCAAGCUUAUAUAUCAGCGCUCGUAUUUGCUCCGUCCAGCAGCUUAAUAAAGAGCAAUUUCAAAGCAGAAGAACCUGACUGGAUUCGAAGUAAGCCGGCUAUAGAAUCAGAUUGGAAUGCAUGCCUCCAAACCUUGGAAGGCCAUAGCGAUGCGGUUCAGUCAGUAGCAUUUUCGCCCGAUGGCCAGCGGCUCGCAUCCGGUGCGAGGGAUGAUACGAUCAAGAUCUGGGAUGCGGCGUCGGAGAGCUGCGUCCAAACGAUUAAUAUCGGCACUAUAGUAGAGCACAUAUCGUUUGACCAUACUAACCGUUAUUUACUUACCAACGUUGGACGUAUUGAUAUAGCUACAAUGACUGCCGAAAGCCGAAUUGUGCUCGAUAAUCCAGAGAGACAUGGCUAUAACUUAGGAUCAAAUGGGUCUUGGAUUACUUGCAACGGCCAGAAUGUACUCUGGUUGCCACCAGAACGCCGAACCUCUUGCUCCGUCUUCCAAGAGCGGAUAAUAUUCAUUGGCAGCGCAACCGGACAGAUUUCAAUUAUCAGUUUCUCGCGAGACAUAUAA